AUGGCGUCGAACUACACGCUCCCUCCCCCGCCAGUACUAGAAAUCCACGACCAGCAAGCAGCCGAGAAAUGGAAAAAGUUCAAGCUCGCCUGGACGAACUAUUCUCUGGCCACUGGCCUGAGCGACAAGGCCGAGCCAGUUCAAGUGGCUACGCUAUUAACCGUCAUUGGUGAGGAGGCACGCGAGGUGUUUUCCACAUUCUCAGGUGAUACUGGUGUGAGAGAUCAUCCAUUCUUUGAGGAAGUGGACUGGCAGAAUCUUCUGAGAGAGAAAGCAGAGUUCUUCAUUCCCCAGCUCAAGGGAGAGGAGGACACCUCUUACUUUGACAGUCGAGAUGACCGCUAUACCCACGAGUUUGUCAGCGACGACGACGAAGAAGAUGGAGUUGACGCCAACAACGACCCUCUCCAGCAGUCGUUUGCCAACUUCAGCCAGGUGGCACCCCGGUUCUGCCAGAUGAUGGAGGAACUGCAGAGCUCUCUGUGUGAAGAGACAGACCCCAGCACACCCCAGCACACACCAGCACCAGCAGCUCCUGAAGAGUAA